AUGAAUGACUUGCAGUUUGAUAGUUUGAAAGUUUUCAAGUGCCAGAAUUGUCACUUGCCUUUGCAGGUGGAUCCCACCAUGCUGCAUCUUAGCAAAUCGCAACGUGAGUUGCUGCUACCCAGGGAGGAUAGGCGACCUGGUGUAGAAGAGUUUAAUUUACGUCAAGAAAGUCAGGACAUGUUGAAGAAAGUUAAAACCGGCAAAGAGGCGAAACAGUUACUGAAAGAAGACUUUCAGAGUUCUGAUUUUCUGUUUCUGAGAGAUAUUGAUGAUAGCAUCGCGGAGAAGGAUCUUAAAAAGGGUCUUGAAGGAGAUAAUGAUGAUCGGAAGAGCAAUGAAGAUUCUAUGGUGUCGGAAUUGGACGUUGAGGACACCGCUAAGACAUUAUCAACGCAGAUCGAAAGGCUUAGCAAACUGUUCGAGAUAAUGUCUACGUCUGAAUCGAACAUAGACUAUCCUAUCUGUCAAGAAUGUUGCAAUAUAAUGAUGAAAAGGCUGAAAACCGACUAUGAAAAGGCUGUUAAAGAGCGUGACCUCUACUUUCAAUUUGUGAAACGUAUAGAGAAACAACAGUUGGAUGAAUCAGACUCAAGCCAACUAUCCCUUAGACAAAAAGAGUAUACUGAUCAAACAAAAAAGAUAAAUCAAGAGAGAGAGCGACUAUUAUUGGAAUUGACAAAGAAAGAACAAGUUGAAGAGGAAUUAGAUGCUGAGAUAGCUGAACUUACACGGCAAAUAUCAGAGAAAAAGGCUAACGAAAGGGCUACUAGAAAAAUUGACAAUGCAAAGCAAUGGGAUAAAAUGAAACUGUUGAAUGAUAUAUCAUCCCUACAGUAUCAAUAUGAGACGGAAUUAAAUAAGUUGGAUCAACUAAGGAAAACGAACAUAUACAAUGAAAGUUUUCGAAUAUCCCAUCAAGGUCCGUUUGCGACAAUCUGUGGAUUAAAAUUGGGCAGUUAUGAGGACCAUAAAGUAUCGUAUAGUGAAAUUAAUGCAGCACUAGGACAACUUGUUCUUCUCCUAAUGACAAUAAGUUCAUCGUUAAAUAUAAAGAUUUCAGGUUAUAGACUGCAGCCUAUAGGUUCUACUUCGAAGGUUUCAAAAUUUUUAGCAGAUAAAGAGGAUUGGGAAACAUAUGAACUAUAUUUUUCGUCAAAUUUCAGUCUGGAAAAAAUCUUUAAAAGAGAGACAGAUUUUGAUAAAGGAAUGGAAAGUUUACUCGACAUAGUAAAACAGAUAUCACUAUCAUUUUCUACGGUUGUGUCUAGCGAUACUGAUAUAAAUAUUCAAGAUGAGAGAACUAGAAGCAAUGAUUCCAUGUUGAAUGGAGGAGCCAAUCGAAAUGCUAAUUUAAGAGCUGAUAGGUUAUUUACAGAAAGUGAGCUACCUUAUAUGAUAGAUGGAGAUAGAAUAAAUGGAAUAUCUGUCAAACUGUACGGUGCAGAACCCAAUCUCGAAUGGACCACUGCUAUGAAAUUCUUAUUAACUGACGCCAAAUGGCUAUUGGUUUUUUGCUCUAGUAAACUCUCACUCCAAUGA